CGACGUUCCUCGGUGACGUCAGACGCUCUGAUGGGAGCCGACCAAGCCUUCGCUCAGAUCACUUCAUUCUCAGGCCGGGUAGGAACCCCAGCAACAACCCAGCAGUCGGAUCGACCUACGAACAUUGGGCUUUACAAUCGCAAUCCAUCCUCUGAAUAAACUACGUUUGGUGAAACUAUUUCACUGUCACUGAUCAGAAGAUAUUCUCAAAUUGUAGAAUUCGAAUAAGAAAGCACUAGGAAGAGGCGCAAAGAAAAAUUUUCAUACUCGAUGACAUUACAUCGAAAUGUCCGAUCGUUUGGGGCAAAUAACCAAGUCCAAGGAUGGGAAAAGCAAGUAUUCCUCUCUCAGCUUAUUUGACAAGUACAAGGGAAAAUCAAUAGAAACUCAGAAAAAUACAGUACUUCCGCGACAUGGCUUGCAGAGUCUUGGAAAAGUGGCCACAGCCCGGCGCAUGCCCCCACCUGCGCACCUGCCAAGCUUGAAGUCUGAAAACAAAGGAAACGAUCCCAACGUGAUUAUAGUGCCCAAAGACGGUACAGGAUGGGCAAACAAGCAGGAACAACCCGAUCAAAAGAGUUCCACUGUGUCAGUGCCACAGCUGCCGGAGUUGCAGCUGCCGCUGGCUUCACAGAAAUCUGUCUCCAAUCUUCAGAAGUCCUUACCAGUGGCCAACCAGGAGAACACAAACACAGGUGGACCAAAGCAAUGGGCCCAGCUAAAUGGAAAGGCAGUAGAGCAAGAUGGUUCAAGGGCCUCAAACCGACUUCAGCCCUUCUCUCACGAGGAAUUUCCCACCCUGAAGGCAGCUGGAGAACAGGACAGAGCUGGCAAGGAAAAAAGCGGCUUCGAUCCGUCGUAUGGGCCCGGACCAAGCCUCCGCCCCCAGAACGUGACGAGCUGGAGGGAAGGUGGUGGCAGGAACCUUCAGCCCUCGUCCCUGACCCUCAGCCUGCCAGCAGACCCUGAGGGUAAGACCACUGCCCUGGAUGAGACUGGCAGCCCUCCAGCCUCGUCUCACCCCCCCUCCGCCGCCGGCACCACCUCAUCUACUGUCACGACAGCUCAGUCGCCAGGCGCCGACUCGAAGGAGCCUUCGCUCCGACCUGCCCAACCCGUGCGCAGACUCACCGUCCCUACUGCCCUGCAGUAUCAGCUUCAUCACACUUCCACUGCCGUCUACCAUGACAUGCUGCCUGCAUUUAUGUGCUCUAAAGAGACCCGCGAAGCUGCCGGCCCAGAUAACGUUUCUACUGCCGUAGCGGCACCGGCCCGAUUUGACAGCAAACCCAGUUUUAGGCAAACUUAUGCCAAACCUGAACUUGUCAAUGGUGAUUCUCGAAGAGAGAACCGCUUUGUCCGCGUCCCACCGCGAAUGUCUUCUCAGCCCAUCCGCAGGCCUGGCGACAGACCACAGAGAGCCGCCAUUAUUAAUCCAGAGGACCUGAAGGAUCUUGAUGAUCUUGAUAAUGAAUGUGAAGAUGGAUGGGCUGGACUUCAUGAAGAAGUUGAUUAUAGCGAGAAGCUCAAGUUCAGUGAUGACGAAGAAGAGCACUCUGCGAUUAAUAAGAGGAUUUGGAAUGACUGGGACAGGGAGAGAGAGAACCAGCGGGACUGCCAGUCCUCUCUUAGUUCAGGGGACCCGUCUUAUUCUCUGGAGGCACCAGAGGAAAAUUAUUCCUACCAACAUCAUCAUGAUCCUCCCAGAAAGCCGAGCAGCAGAUAUCUUCCCACUGACAGCCAGGCUCAGCAGAAAAAUCACAGCGAGCCGCUCGUCGACCUGGAAGAUAACCAGCGGUCAUCCCAGAGUCAGAUACCAGCUAGGGGAAAGUAUGUGUCACCUGAGCUUUCUGAGGCUGUUGAGCGAGCCCGUCGACGGCGAGAGGAGGAGGAGAGGCGCGCUCGUGAAGAACGACUUGCUGCAUGUGCUGAAAAACUCAAAAAGUUGGAUGAAAAGUUUGGGAAGACUGAGAGGCAGACAUCACGUAGUGACGACAGCCCCAAGGAGGCAGAGGGCAAAGAGGUCCCACUUUUUCCUAACCGAGAACAGAGUAAAGCUCCUAAUGAAAACGUGCAAUUUAGCGCAAAAGAAGGAAGUGAGUUUCUGCCGGUCCACUCCCCUGGCAGUAGCUAUCGUGAAGAGUCAGGCUUCUCCACUCACCGCAGCAGUGAGGAUGAUGGUCAAGAGCCCUCCUCUCCAUCAGAGGACCACAGGGGAUGUCAACCCUCCAAACCAGUCCCUCCUCGCUUUCAAAAACAGCCACAGCAAAACCAGCAGCAGGAUUCCCUGCUCAAAAUGCAGCACUGGCAGCAGUCCAGUCACCCUCCGUCUUCAAGCUCCAGUCAUGCUCAGCGGGGCUACUACCCCCCACAUGUGCUCGGCUUUGAUCCCCGCUGGAUGAUGAUGCCACCUUUCAUGGAUCCCCGCGUGGCCCAGAGCCAGUCACCUGUGGACUACUACACCAGUUCUGUUCACUCUUCAGGAAUGGUCAAAUCUGUCAUGCAUCAAGACCAUCUAAACAGUCCCGGUUCAGAUGAAGGGUGUCAUUCCAAGCUGCACCAAGAGAGGCGAGCCCCGUCUGCUGAGCCUUACCCAGUAUGGAGCCAAGAUGGCUACCCGUUGCGCAGCUUCACUCCACCUUACCAGAGACAGCAUGACACCUCAGAUAGGAGCCAGUCUGGCGACAGAGGUGAUGUGGCCUCUUCUCAACUGGAUAUCUAUGAAGAACGGGCCAGUGAGUGCCUGAGGCACACUCUGGAUGACCUCACUCAUCAUGCUUACCAAAGUCUAGGCUCGGAGAAAGAACACAAGCACCAUGACCAAGACCUUCUCACCACUGCUCAGAGCCUCUCUCAAAACUAUUCUGCGAGCGAAUGCACAAAACAAGAUUUUAGGGACAAACAUUUGAGAGAGGGUCCUGAAUCUCACAGUGAGACAUUGGGUGGCCCAAAAGAAAGUUGGAAGAGAGAUGGAGGCCAGAAACAAGAUGGAGGUCUUCAUUCCCAGAGCCAGUGGUCUGAGGCCAGUUCCAGUUCCAGCAGUGGUGUCAGCCAGCCAUCUGAGACAAGUGGGCGAACACUGACCCGCAGAACUGGCCCCAUCAAGAAACCAGUUCUUAAGGCUCUCAAACUAGAAGAUAAAGAGAACGAAAAGCCUAAAUCUGAACCCGAGGAGAAAACUGUCCCCUACCGACUGGAGAAAGAAGUCCUUACUAAUGUUUAUGACUUAAAGAAGGACAACCAGCCUACCAACAGCAGGCGUCCAGCCUCGCCUGUUGUCGAGAAACAACUUGAAGAAAGGCAGCGUCAUUCACCAGCUCCUAGCAAAGCAGAAAGACCUCACAGCACCCAUGGUGAUGACUUUUCUAAGGAAAACACCUGGAACAUUGGAAAGAUUCAAUUACCCAGAGAUAAUCAAGAAAACCGAGAGCUGCAGGCUCCACGGCGCAAUAACUGGAUCUUCAUCGAUGAAGAACAGGCUUUUGGGUCAGUCAGGGGGACGGGUAGAGGCCGCGGCCGAGGCUUUAGGGAGUUCAGUUCCAGAGGUGGAACUCGUGGUGGCCGAGGUGGAGACAACCUCAGAGGGGCAUAUAACAACAACAGCAGCAGCAGUGGUGUACAGCGGACAGGCAGAGGUCGAGCUCAACCCAGGGACCUCGUAAAAGUCGAUGAGUAUCAGAGGGGCAAACCUCGAAGACGAAACGUCAGCGAAACCUUGAGUGAAACAUCAGAAUAUGAGGAACUUCCAAAGAGGCGCCGCCAGAAAGGAACUGAGAAUGGAGAAGGUUACGCUGAGUCUGGAGAGGUUCGUAAGGCUGAAAGAGACUCUUGGAGGUCCAACAAGGUGUACGCAGACGAUCAGACAUCAGAUUCCAGAGAAAAGACCCGGGCAAGAGGCUUUGGAGGCCGAGUUCUCCCUCCCAGACUUAACACGAGCAGUAGCUACGUGCGAAGUUUUCAAGGAUCCAUAGACACUUAUACAUGGAGAGGUAGAGGACCCCAGUUUAACAGCAACAGUGGCUCUGUGCAAGAGAACGGUUAUGGUCCUGGGACAGAGGUUACCUACUCCCGCAGACCUCCAAGUGAACGGGAGCCUCUCAAGUAUGCUUCCAAGUUUACCGGCUCCUUUGCAGAUAAUAGCUCUGAAGAUCGUGAAGGAGAGUACUACUUUGAGAAUGGAAACCCCGACAGACAGAUGUUAAGGAGGCGCCGUCCUCCGCGUCAAGACAAACCUCCCCGCUUCCGUCGUCUACGACAAGAACGGGAACCUGGUUCAAGCCAGUGGACGAGUGAUGAGUACAUAAAUGGAGACUUUGUGAAUCCCUGGCCAGGUCGCCCCAAAGGCAGCGGGGAAAACCAGUGGCCCAGUGGCCACUUUUCUGGGCACUCUAGCCAGCAUGGUCACACAGAGGAGUGGGAGACCGGAUCAGACAACAGUGACUUUGGUGACUGGAGAGAGAAGCGGAGUGGAAGUGGAGGCGUGGCUGCACAGGGACAGGUGGACAUUCCCUCAGAGUCUGGCCACAGUGAACCAGGCUCUGGUGAAAAGAGGGAACUUUCAAAGAGAAGCUUCUCCAGUCAGAGACCCCUGGUGGAGCGGCAAAACCGAAAAGGAGAGCCAUCGCUGCUGGAAGCGAGCAAAAUGGUACGCACACCCGACAAUCCCCCAACUCUAUCAUCUAACAGGGCUGACAGCUGGCAGAACGGAGGGACUUCCUGCAAGAGGAACCCAGAUGAUUCUGGUCCAGUCUACAGCAUGGAACCACUGCCAGAUGAAAGGGAGCCCAGCGAGUCCUCAGGAAAGGAACUGAAAUCAGGACCUGUCAAGGCAGACAUCAUCGAACCCCUCUCCCAGUAUGAGCUCAGCAACUACCCACUUGAUGGUGAUACAGGGGGACAAAGUUCAGGGCCAGAUGGCUACCAGGAUGCCUUGUCAAAAAAGCAAAGACGCCCACUGGAAGAUGAAAGAAGGAGGAAAGAGCAAGGAGCCGCUGUGUCGGUUAAAAGCAGAACGGUCACUUCCAAGAUACCACCACGCUUCGUCAAAAAACAGGGAAGCAUGAGCAUCGAGCAUCCCGAGGAAACCAUUUCUGCUAACAAUCUAGGAACUGAAAUCUGGGAGACCAACAGUUCAGCUCUUUCUGUGCAGUCUUCGGGAGACUCGUGGACCAAGCAAGUGUCUUACACCGGAAGUGAACCCAACUCCGAGGACUCAGAUGCUGGUCCAGAGCAGAGUAAAGAACAGCACAAACCCGGGCCCAUCGGAAACGAGCGCUCGCUCAAGCACCGUAAGGGCUCAGAAGGUGUCGACAGGCUGGAGAGUGGGCCCAUCACUCCAGUAAACGGUGUGGAUCUCCAUGUGGACGCCGUGCUGCCUGUGCCUCCCAUUGAGUUUGGCGUCAGUGCCAAAGACUCUGAUUUUAGCCUUCCACCGUGCUCUUCCUCAGUGCCCGUCUCCGAUCCUGUUAACAAGCUCCAAGAUGCACUCGCUGCUGAUACAUCUCUAAAUCAGAGUAUUCCUAUGUUGCGGUCCACCCACCUGCAACCUGGCAUUAACCUCAACACCAUCUUCCCCAGUGCUGACCUCACCUUGAAGAUGGAGUCGGCGCGUAAGGCGUGGGAGAACUCUCAGUCCCUUCCGGAGCACGGCUCCCCUAGCGGUGGUGCAUCUGGAGGUCAGCCUCCCUGCAGCAUUGGUUCAUCCAGUGGUGUCAGCUACAGCUCUUUUGGAGUUUCCAUGCCUCCAAUGCCCGUUGCAUCAGUGGCACCUUCCAUGUCCUUGCAAGCAAACCCCAUUCCUCCUUUGUACAUGGACGGCCAUGUUUUUCAAAGUCAGCCUCGCCUUGUGCCUCCCACCUUGACGCAGCAGCAGACCUAUCCACAGGCGGCUGCAGCCCAGCAGAUCCCCAUCUCUCUACACACGUCUCUCCAGGCCCAGGCUCAGUUAGGUCUUCGGGGUGGUCUGCCUGUUUCUCAGUCCCAGGAGAUGUUCAGCUCCAUUCCUCCCUUCAGGUCACAGGUGUACAUGCACCCCAACCUGUCACAGCCCAGUCCCAUGGUGCUGUCUGGUGGGGGCCCUCUCAAGGGCCCUUACUCAGCUUUUCCUGGGAUGCAGCCCUCAGAUCUGGUGAAACCACAGUCAGGCUCUCACUACCAGCCUAUGAAUGGCAACCAGCAGCUUGUCUAUGACAACCAGCUGGGCCAGGGCCCCGGGAUGGGCUCGUCACAACUGAUGGACUCUCAGCUCAUUCAGGUCACCAUGCCCCUUCCCGGCUCCCAGUUGCGCUACGGCUCAGCUCAGCAACUCCUUCUCCCGCAGUCCAUCCAGCUGCAGCAGGGACAGAACCUGUCGGUGGGAGGGCCGCGCCGGAUGCUACCACCAGGCUCCCAACCUGCUGUCAUGAGUGGCAGCAGAGAGGUGAGUCUCUUUCAGAGCUCACAGUUGGAAAUCAAAGGUUUCCAGUUUUCAGAUAAAUCGAAUCAUUCCCCAGGCUUAUCUGGAGGUUCUUAUAGACCGGGUUCUGCAAGCCCCAGUGGGAAGACCUCUGGUCCUGGUGGGCCUGUGGGGCCUCUGCCUACUCAUUUUUCUCAGCAGGUCCCUCCUGCUCAAGGCAGCAUGGUAAUGCACAUGCGCCCCCCCACCACAGGUCCAUUUCCCAACCCCAUCCAGCGACCUGUCAUGCAGGUCAACAAGCCUGUCAUCAUCCGCUCCCCCCCCUUUGCUAAUUCCGGUCGUGACCCUCCCCACUCCACCCCCCCUUCAGUCCCUGAGCCCCCUGUCAAAGGGCCAGAGGAUGGCAUGAAGGUGAGCCACCCACUGUAAAUAUAGAGUAAAGCUUUGCGAGAAGUGCGCAAAGCAGUGGGGGAGGGCAAAUCGCCGUCUGGGGCAAUGACCAGCAAACUCCAGGAGCCCCUGGCCUCCACAGGUCAAGGCAAGCCAGCACGUACAGGAGCCAUCAAACCCCAGGCUGUCAAAGUAGAGGAGGGCAAGGCGUAACAAUGGACCUGAAACCUCCUCACCACCACCGGGCCUGCCCACACAACGCUCCUCCACGCAGGUGUGAGCCUUCGGAAUCCCAGCUCAUCCCGAGGCGAGGGGCCUACACAUGCUUCUUGGACUUCCAGAACUGGACACUUAUUAUGUCACACCAAGUAUAGAGAUAUAUUAAAUAUAAAAUAUAUAAAUAUAUAUAUAUAUAUAUAUAUAGAAAGCAUACACACAGACCAUCUUCUAGGCAGAUCUCUUCAAGGUUCUCUUUAAUUUAUUACUAGACCCUUUUUAAGGAGAUUGGUUAAGAGAGAUUUGUGUAUUUCCUGGUAUGUGGGGAAAUGGCCAACUGACGUUUCACUUUUCAUACUGUUUUUGCCAAACUUUACUUCCUCUGUAUGAACUGUAGCUCUCAGGAGCAGGCAAGACACUUGAUCUAGAACGUCCUAGGAGAGGCAGAGCGCCGUUUUCUUUUUACCAACUUUGAGACGCAGUGGGGCACGUUUGUCCUUUUUUUGUAUUUUGCUGGCAAAUAAACGUCAUCACCACCCAUCAAAGCCACAUGUGACGGACUUGUUUCAUUAACUUAUUAAAAAUGAAUACCGGUAACUCCAGUUUUUGAACAUCCUAGCAUGCCGACUCAGCAUAAAGAAUCACCCCCCAACACAACCUACGAGCUGUGGCUAAGCUGCUUAGAAAUCUUUUAACUGUUCUUUAAUUCUUACAUUCUGUUGCUCACUGUCGGAAACUAAAAGAAAAAAAAUGAACAUUUUACCAAGAUCACGUUGCUUCCGUGGGAACCUGACUGGCAGCGAGCGGCGUGUGCAGAGCUGAGCAUGCAGGAUCUGAAGCUGGCAACAUUUCACAGACUGUCCCUGAGCUCGGCAUCGUUUCUGCAGACACUCGCUGUUGGGGUGUUGGUCCAGCCGGAGCAGCUGGACCCUCGGAUGUCUCACUGACACUCGCUGAGGCGACGCCUUUCUUCUUGGAGUUGUAAUGAAUGAAUUGUGUCUGUCACACAUGUGAUUGAAGUGAUGAUUAUUUUCUUCCACUCCCCUCAUUGUGAGGCAUUUUUCUGAUCUUUCCUUUAAGGUUUUUAGGCUCCUGGGAGAGUUUCCUCAUUAAAUUUGUUUUAAAUCUUUCUGAACCGUGCUGUGGGGAAAUGUAUUAGCUUUGAAAUGGCACUGGCAAUAAAUGCAACCCAACUAUAACCCAAUCAGGCAAGUUGAAGGUUUUAUUUUAGUGAAACUAAUUAUUACAGUGUCUCUUGCAUUAUAUAUAUUUUUUUGGGGGGUUGUUUUUAUGUCCCUCAGCAGACUAAGAAGGACUUUUAAAGGUGUUUGGUUUGAUGUGAAGCUGUGAUCCACACAGUUUUUGUCUUUAGAGAAGGGUUUGUGCUUCACAGUACCGAUGCUCUUACUGGCUAGAUGUUACCGCUUGCCCUCAUGCUCCCUGACACUACAAAACAAUUCUAUUUAUGACGAUCUCACUGGUUUAAUGUAAAUGCAUAGUUAAGUGUACAGUUGGGUGUUGCCGGUAAGGAGAGGCUUUAACCACAUUUCAUUUUAAAUAUUGUGGCACUGUAAAGGAAUUCAUGUUGAACAAGAGGUUGCUGUGUUCACCAGAAUGAACUGAUUUUCCUCAACUACAAAGGUUCUUGAUGCUUAUUAUUGUAUCUGCUCCACAAAAAUGUCAUUUUGUUUUUGUACCUUUGAGAUUUUUUUUGUCAGAGGACCCAUGCUUUCUACAUCUGAUCCAACGUUUUGUUUACCCUACAGCUGUUAUCCUUUCAGAUACUUGGUCAUUACUCAGUCUUGAUUUAAAGGUUAAAAAAAGAGCUUACUGAAAGAAAAAUAAAGCCGUUGUGAUUUCUUAAA